AUGCGAAAAACGUCCUGGACGAACGAAAACAGAGCCCUGCGACUGAAGGAGCCGGCGUCGUUGGCCCUCUCCGCCGGAAAUUCCGGCAGCUACGUGGACCCAGAUGGUACCGCCAUUGUGAUGUCGUCUGAGCUUCUUCCUGCACCGACUCCGGAUCCCAGAGUGACGUGGAACUACUUCGACGAGCAGGGGUACGUCUCGAGAGGAGGUCUUCGAGCGGGAGAAGAUCCAUACGCGAGGAACAAAUUUAAUCAAGAAGCUUCCGAUGGACUCUCGAGCAAUCGCGAUAUUCCGGACACCCGCAGCGCCAUGUGUCGAAUGAAGCAGUGGAGGAGGGAUCUGCCUCCCACCUCGGUCAUAAUUACGUUCCACAACGAGGCACGGUCGACGCUGCUCAGAACUGUCGUGAGCGUGCUGAACAGGAGUCCCGAGCAUCUGAUCAAAGAAAUCAUACUGGUGGACGACUUCAGCGAUCAUCCCGAGGACGGCGAAGAGCUAUCGAGGAUACAUAAAGUGCGGGUGAUACGGAACGAGAAGAGGGAGGGUUUGAUGAGGUCGAGGGUGAGGGGCGCGGAUGCAGCCACCGCGAGUGUACUAACGUUCCUGGAUUCGCAUUGUGAAUGCAACGCCGACUGGUUGGAGCCUCUCUUAGAAAGGGUAGCGGAAGAUCCAACGAGAGUCGUAUGUCCCGUGAUCGAUGUGAUCAGCAUGGAUACCUUCCAAUAUAUCGGGGCGUCAGCGGACCUGAGGGGUGGGUUCGACUGGAGUCUAGUGUUCAAGUGGGAAUACCUGAGCCAAAUCGAGAGGCAAGCCAGGCAAAAGGAUCCCACGCAAGCGAUCAGAACGCCAAUGAUCGCCGGAGGCCUAUUCGUUAUCAAUAAAGCGUACUUCGAAAAACUGGGAAAGUACGACACUCAGAUGGAUGUCUGGGGUGGGGAGAAUCUCGAGAUAUCGUUCCGGGUGUGGCAAUGCGGUGGCAGCUUGGAAAUUAUUCCGUGUUCGCGCGUCGGCCACGUGUUUCGAAAACGCCACCCCUACUCGUUCCCCGGGGGUAGCGGAAACGUUUUCGCGCGGAACACCAGACGAGCGGCCGAGGUGUGGAUGGACGAUUAUAAACAGUUCUACUACAACGCGGUGCCUCUGGCGCGCAACAUCCCCUACGGAAAUAUUCAAGACAGAAUGGAGCUGAAGCGGAAAUUGCACUGCAAGCCCUUCAGUUGGUAUCUGAAAAACGUGUAUCCCGAAUUAGUUAUACCCACCAGCGAGGGCGGUCCGGGGGGAUCCCUGAAGCAAGGAACCGCGUGCCUGGAUAGCAUGGGACAUCUACUAGACGGGAACGUGGGACUUUAUCCGUGUCACGACACUGGCGGUAACCAAGAAUGGGGCCUAACGAAGGACGGUCUGAUAAAGCAUCACGACCUCUGUCUAACCCUACCGGUGUACGCGAAGGGCACCACGUUGCUGAUGCAAAUUUGCGACGGUAGCGAGAACCAAAAGUGGAGACACUUAGAGGGUGGACUGAUUCGACACUCGAGGAUCCCUGUGUGCGUGGAUUCGAGAUUCCAGGCGCAGAGGGGCAUCACCGCGGAGAAAUGCGACUCGAACGCCGAGACGCAGAGGUGGCACCUCUACAAUCACAAUCACUAG